AUGCAAGGUGUCUCAUUUGCGCGGCCCAAGCGCCGCGGGCGCGCAGAUGUGGACGGCGGCGGCGUCGCAUGGCAGCAGCACUGGCACCAGGCCAGCGAUGCUUGCGGCCAAGUACAGCAUACGCUGCCUGAGCAGCGCCUGCAGCAGCUCAGCCACCUGUACACGGCAAGGGGCAGUGAAAUUGUGCGGCAGGCGGCGUGGGCUGAGGAGCAAGGGGUUACUAGUAGGUCAGGGCAAGGGCCGAGCUGGGCGCAGCAUCAUUCCGCACAGGAGCAGCGCCGGGCUGCGCCCCAGUCCCUGCGCAGCCUGUGGCGGCAGCAGCAGCAACAGCAGCAGCGGCGGUUGCAGCAACAAGAGCAACAGCAGCAGCAGCAGCAGCAGCAGCAGCAGCAGCAGCAGCAGCAGCAGCAGCAGCAGCAGCAGCAGGAGCACCUGCAGCAGCAGCAGCAGCCGCAGCAGCCGCCGCCUCAGGAGCAGCAGCAGCAGCAGCAGCAGCAGCAGCAGCAGCUUCUGCUGCUGCUGCAAUCUAAACAGUGGCCGCAGCAGCAACAGUGGCGGCGGCGGCAGCAGCAGCAGCAGCAGCAGCAGCAGCAGCCGCAGCAGCGGCAGCAGCAGCAGCAGCAGCACCAGCGGCGGCAGCAGCAGCAGCAGCAGCAGCAGCAGCAGCAGCAGCCCUCUCAGCUGAGUCAGAGCUCAGCUUGGGACAGCCCUCGCUUCUCGCAGCCCCCUACGCAGCCGCCGGCAAGCCAGCGGCUCGCAUCGCCAGCGAAGGCAAGAGGGCCCAGUAUGGACGACGACGGCUGGUCAGAGGACCAGGGACCCAGCGCGCUGGCAACCCCAAAGCAGCCGCAGCCGCAGCAGGUGCUCGAGCAGCUGCAGCGCCUGCAAGAGCAGCAAGCGCCGGCGCCGCCGCAGCAGGCCCCGCGGCAGCUCGAGCCCCCACGUACCCCGUCGAGCAUCGAGACGCGGGACAUGAGCCCAGGCAGCUCGCCGCCGCAGCCAGCGCCCCCGCAGCCGCGCCAGAGGCAGCUGCUGCUGGAGCGUGCCCUGGCACUUGAGCGGCAGCGUUUCUCCCGGGACGGCAUGCUGCCGCCCAGCGCGGGCCGUGCGCACGUGGUGUCCUGGGCGGAGCAGGCCGGCGCAACCGGCGCUGCGGCUGCAGAGCCAGACCGCGCACUGGCCGCGCCAGACCGCGCACGCUGGCCGCGCGCGGCGCGCUGGCCGGCCGCCCCUGCAUCCGCCCCUGAGGCGGCGCCGCUUCCCGCGCUGCCCGAUGAGCCUUGCGCGAGGAGGGUGCACGGCCUCGCAGCGCACGCAGCCCCCGCGAUCGCCCGGCACCAAGCAGCUGAGGAGGUGGUGGCGCCGUGCAGCCAAGCAACGCCCGCGCCAUCCUCCCCGCAUCUGCCGCCGCCUCAACUGCAUGAGCAGCGGGAGAAGGCCGCUGCAUCACCGGCCCAAAGCUCCGGCCUGAGCGUGGCAGACGGUGAUGCGCAACGCCCGCUGCACCGCCGCAUCGUCGAUGCGCUCACGCUUGGUUGCACGCGGGUGGGCCGCCUGCAGCCGCUCCCAGCGCCGGAGCAGCGCGCCGGGUGGCGGCCCGCCCGCGGGCGGGCGGCGCUGCGCGAGCGGGCGCCGCUGCUGGCCAAGGUCGCGGCUCUGGGCCGCGUGCGGCUUGCGCGUGGAUGGCGCACACCUGGAGCCGCUGCGGGAGCCCGCAGCUCGCCCCAACACAGUAAAUGGCAUCGGCGGCUGUCGGUGCUGCCAGCGACCUCAGCGGAGCAGGCGGAGGAGCAGGAGGAGAAGGUUGCGGGGAGCCUCUCCAACACAAUGCUGCAGCAGGAGCAAGCAGCGCCGGCGGCCCCACAGCAGCAGCAGCAGCAGCAGCAGCAGUGGCAGAGGACACGGGCGCUCGUGGGCAUGUUGGGCGCGCGCAUGAGCAGCAGCAUGCGCAUCGCACGGCUUCAGCUGCCGCACCACCAGCCUGCUCGUCACCUGAGCCCCUUACGCACGGGGCGCUCCCGCGGCAGCAGCAGGGGCGGGGACAGCCCAAAGCAGCUGCCGCAGCUGCGGUGGCGGCGCCCCGACAUCGGGCGCAGUCUGUGGAGUCACCCGCGGCUGCGGCCGUCUAGGCAGGCGCACAGCGCACACAAGGCUCAGGCUGCGGAGGAGGUCGAGGAGGGGCGGCGGCAGCACGUCAGGGAGGGCGAGGAGGGCGGCGAGAGCGAGGGGCACGCGCCCGCUGCGACGGCCUCCGACGCUUGGUCGCCGCCCGUGCAGCACGCAGACUCAUCGACGGCGUCGUCGCAGCCGGUGACGCUCGACCACCAGCAGUCGCCCCGCUGGGCAGAGGGUACGGGCAGCGAGCGCGUGUGCAGCAGCAGCAUCGGCAGCGACGCGCCACGGCGCAAGGUCGAGCAGCCGCACGAAAGAGCUCCUGUGGUCAAGACCAAAUCGCGUCUGCUGUCCGAGGUGAAGCACUCAAUGCCUCUCGCGGCUGACCACAAACCAAAUAGCACCGCGCACGCCGCCGUCGCGCUGCGGCCCGCGUCUCGCAUCCAGCGCACCGCAAGCGCCCCGCCACCCGUGGAUCAUGCGGCAGCGGCUGCGGCGCUCCGCCCGCCGCCGCCGCCGGCGUCGCCGCUGCACCCCGUGUCAGACCAGUGCCUCAUCUGCGGCUCGAAAAUUGCAGAGGUGGUCUUCCUGCACGAUGACGCCGUCCACCGCUGCUGCUGCCGCGGCUGCGCCACCGGCAUGGCGGUCGGUGGCCCCUGCCCGCAGUGCGACGCGCCCGUCGUCGCGAUCCUGCGCGUCUACUCGGCUGCCGCCAGGGACUCGGCCGCUCCUGCGGCCCUCGUGGGGGUUGCGGGGGCCGGUUGGUGA